CUUUUACAUGAUCGCUUCCCCUAACGUUGCUGGGCAAUCAUCUAUCAUUGAUUAUCAGUGAGCACAAGCUAUGUCCAGUUCUCAAUUCCCAGCUCAAUCUGCAUCUCCUCUUGGUAAACUCGGUAUCGAAGCCGCUCUCGAGGCUGCUGCAGACCCGUCCAUCAUACCAAAGCCCAAGAUUUUCGAUGAGUUCGUGCUGAUCGAUCGUGUCGGGUUUGUCUCCGGAGGAAAUAGGGGCCUUGGCUUGGAGAUGGCUCUUGCAUGUUGCGAAGCUGGUGCACGCAUCGUGUAUUGCUUCGAUCUUCCAGAAAAGCCAUCGAACGAAUGGGUAGCAUGCAGGGAUUACGUUGCGAAGCUAGGGAACAAUUCGCGGCUGGAGUAUUUCAGCGCGAACGUCAUUGACCAACAGACACUUUGGAAGAAAGCGGAGGAGAUUGGUGAUAAGGAGGGAAGGAUGGACUUUUGCAUCGCUGCGGCCGGUAUCCUAAGGUUCCCCGUGGACUGCCUGGAAUACCCCGCGCAGGAGUACAGAGAGGUCCUAGAUGUCAACACCAAUGGUGUUCUUUUCACUGCGCAGGCUGCUGGUAGACAGAUGGCCCGCUUCGGGCGCGGUGGUAGCAUCAUCCUUAUCGCAUCAAUGUCAGGCAGUAUCACCAACAGAGGACACGCCUGGGUCUCGUACAACAGCUCUAAAGCGGCUGUCCUCCAGAUGGCUCGUAGUAUGGCUUGCGAACUCGGCGAAAAGAAGAUUCGCGUCAACUCGUUAUCUCCAGGAUAUAUCUACACCAGUAUGACCGCAGCAUUUCUGGACAAGCAACCGCACCUGCUCGAUGCGUGGUCUAACAUGAACCCUCUGGGUCGGCUCGGACGCCCUGACGAGUUGCGGGGUGUAGUGACGUGGUUGGCGUCUGACGCAUCGACAUUCUGCACGGGUAGCGAUAUUAUCGUCAGCGGUGGUCACCACUCAUGGUAAUAGAUCACUCAAGGAACAUGGUUGUAGGAUAUAGAAACGGAAGACUUGUUGUAUCUGUGUCACUAUGCAUGCGUCGUAUCAGACAUUAAGUUUGGAGAUUCCUUUGCGGGGACGCCCAGCGCGAAGCUGGAGGAAUAUUGCAGCAGGGAAAGCGGUCAAGUAUUCCUUCUAAAAAUGUAAUGUUGGC